AUGUCGAACUUUAAUACUGAGCGCCUUGCCCUUGCCUGCGCCUCUCUGCGACUAAAUCGUGUCUACGCGGAGGAUGCCUUCCAUUACGCAACAAAGCGCGAGACCUUCGGCGCCCAGCUCAUCCAGAGACAAGCAAUCCAGUCUAAGAUCUUCAGAUUCGGCCUCAUGAUCGAGCCUGCAUAUGUAUUCAUGGAGCAACUCGUCAAUACCAUUGAGCUCACCAAGGAUCGGCCCACGGACGAUGUCAAGAUUGGUGGAAAGACGGCUUUGCUCAAAGUGAUGUCUACCAGAGCCCUGGAGAAGAGUGUCCGUGAAGAGCAGCAGAUUUUGGGCACUGUUAGAUACCAUAAGGCUGGAAAAGGAGCGCGAAUCGAAAAAAAAGCCGCGAUGUUAGAGUUCAUGUUGUGGGAGGUGGAAGUGAGGAGAUUAUGGUGGGACUCGCGUUACAGGAAGAGACUAAGCCACUCCAGACGAGACGUAGGGCGCUUGAGAAACGGGCGAUGCUCUAAUACUCGGGCAAUUCCAUGUACUAUUCAAUCCAAUCAUGUUUUUGCUAAACUUGAGCUUGUAGUCCACAGCGCAAAAAGGUUGCCUGUUCACGAUGGCAAUACCUGCGAGCCCAGAGAGUGGUAUCUUGGGUAG